AUGAAAAUCAGUAGCCAAGAAAAUGAUGAACUGAUUCCACAUAAGAUUAGUGAAGCUGGUAAUAUUAAGGUAUUAGGUAAUAUUAAUAUAUUAGGUGAAAAUUUCAAUGCAACAGAAAGUAACUGUGUGGACCAAAUACUAUCUACUGGCAUAUUAUAUAACGUACAUCAAAGAAUAAUUUUUCUUGUAAACAACGAUAUGAAGAUAAAGUAUCCAGCAAUUUACUACAACGUAGAUUCUAAUCUAAAACUAUAUGAUAGGACUCCUGGUUUAUUUAUCAUAGCAGGAAAUAUUACGAAAAUAUUAGAAACUAUAUACAAAAAUACCACAGAGAUUCACAAAUGUGAUUUUAUUAUAUCGGUGCCUGCAUUAGAUAAGUCACUAUUUCAACUACUUGAAAAAUAUUUUGUUAAAAAUGCUACUUUGCUUUUAAAGAACACAUAUACGAGUAAAGAAUCUUUAGACACUGAACUAUAUGAUGUCAAGCCUUUAAAUAUAUGUUCGCAUUUAAACCAUCGAAUCUUACAAGUAUUUUUAAGAGUAGAUUUAUAUAAAGCAUUAAAAGUAUUGUCACCAAUUGUGCCACCAUUUGUUAUUAAUUCACAAAACGGUAUCCACACAGAGAUUAUUAAUGUAAUAGCAAAAAAUAUGAAUCUUACUAUUAGAUGUGAUAUAAACGGUUCUAAUGGUGUUCUUGAUCACAAAGCAUUCCGAGCAGGAAAGUAUGAUUUGUACGCAGGAACUAUAAAUAGUUACGAUUUAGAAGCACAUAUGUUUGAACAUACAGUAUUUGUAACAUAUGACUAUUUGAUUUACGCUUUCCCAAAAAUAGUUCAAAUAAACUGGUUAAAAAUAGUUCAUAAAGAAUUUACGAUUUCAGUUUGGUUGUGCUUUUUUGGACUGGUACUGCUACUUUACAUUCUUUUCGUUCUGUUUGAAAGAGUUCUUCCUAAUAAUAAAACCAAAUCGUCUAUAGCUCUUUCCCUUUUACGUGUAUUAUUAGAAGGAACUACGGAUAUAUUCACCACUCACGUGUCUUUAAAAAUAUUGUCUAUUACUUUCAUUUUAUUUGGAAUGUUGUUCACCACAGCUUACAAAACAAAAAUGUUUGACAUCAUGACGGGGGAUUUUACAUAUCAUUUGUAUCAUGAAUGGGAUGAUAUUAUGAAAAAUAAAUUGAAAAUAGGCAUAACGGAUGCUUCUCUUACUAAAUAUUAUAAACAGGCAUCGAAAAAAGCAUUUUCAACUAUUAAAAACAAUAAUUUAUUUGAAGUUUGUAAUGAAAUGUUAGACUGUUUAAAUGUAACCGCUACAAAAAAAUCGACGGUUAUACCACUUACAUCGCGUUCAUUUUAUUAUUAUGUUCCUGAUCACUUUCUGGAUUCCGACGGAAAACCUAUGUUUGAUAUUAUUUACCCAAAGAUAGUAAAUCUAAUGUAUUUUACACUAGGUUUUAAAAAGGGACAUCCACAUUUUAAUUCUUUUAAUAGAAAACUUCAACACUUUAAAGAAGGGGGACUUAUAUAUGUUUUAUAUAGAAAAUAUAGCAGUAAAUAUAAAAAAGCAGCAGCACUUGCCGAGUAUAAAGCUAGCAUUGAUUCCACAAUUCUUACACUUCAAAGUUUUCAGACUGCGUUCAUUAUGUAUUUAAUUGAACUAGUAGACGAUAACAUUAUAAAAGUUUUUAAAAGCUAUUCCAUACAAAAUGCUAUAAUGGUUACAAAUAUUGUUAAUAUUUCAACGGAAAAUGUUCUUACGAAAGAACAACCAGUUAAGGAACUAUAUACCGUAAAAUUUCUUAAAAUGUGCUUAACUUAUGGUACUAAAGUCUUAAAAAUUUCUUUACAAAAGAAAUCUUUCACUAAUAUGAAAAUUUUAUGUUCUUUGUCGGCACCUUAUGUUAUAAGUACCGAAGAGGGUAUACAUAUAGAUAUAAUCAAAAUAAUAGCAAAAAAUUUAAAAAUUAAACCUGUAUUUUACAAAACUGAUUUACCUAGUCACUCUACUAGAGUAGUAGAGGAAUUUAACUCAAGAAACUAUGAUUUAUACGCAACGCCUACUGCUAUAAUGAAUCCUGAUAAAUAUUUUUAUACACUAAGUGAUGUUCCAUCCAAGGUUUUGGAAAAGUGCGUGGAUCAAAUAUUAUCUGUAAAAUUUUCCAAGAACGAUCGAAUCUAUAUAGUGAACACUGAUCUGAAGAUAUCAUAUCCAGCGAUUAAUUAUAACACAGAUAAACAGCUAAAUUGUUUUACAACAACACUAACUUUACCCGAUAUGUAUAUCAUAUCCGAGCUACUGGACGAUAAUAUGAUAAAAGUUUUUAAAAGCUAUUCCAUACAAAAUGCUAUAAUGGUUACAAAUAUUGUUAAUAUUUCAACGCAAAAUUUUCUUACGAAAGAAAAACCAGUAGAGGAGCUGUAUACCGUAAAAUUUCUUAAAAUGUGCUUAACUUAUGGUACUAAAGUCCUAAAAGUUUCUUUAAAAAAGAAAUCUGUCACUAAUAUGAAAAUUUUAUGUGCCUUGUCAGCACCUUAUGUUAUAAGUACCGAAGAGGGUAUACAUAUAGAUAUAAUAAAAAUAAUAGCAAAAAAUCUAAACAUUAAACCUGCAUUUUACAAAACUGAUUUACCUGGCCACUCUACUAGAGUGGUGGAGGAAUUUAACUCACGAAGCUAUGAUUUAUACGCAACGCCUACUGCUAUAAUGUAUCCUGAUAAAUAUUUUUAUACACUAAUAACAACGAUCUCAGCAUCUGGAUCUAAGCAGCAGAAGAAUGAACCCGUAGUUCUUGAACCGUUUCCAGAUGGCUCUUACGUUUCUUACAGUCACUUCGACGAAAAUAGUGUAGGCGGACAUGGACAUGGAGGCGGCGAUUAUGAUACUGGCAAAGGAACUGGUGCUGAAUUGGCUAGUCUUGCACACUCGUCGGCGGUUCAAGCAAACAAUGCCGUACAGAAUCAACACACUGCUGGUAGCCAAGCAGCAUUUGGUAUCAAAAGUAGUUUAGCUAGUGCUGCAUAUGGGGCUGCUCAAGCUGCCCAAGCCGCCUUGGUCGGGAAACAAGCACUCGCUGGUAGCAUAAAGCGACAACUCGCAGAAGCUCAGCAACAACUUCAAGGUGAAAUAGCUCAAUAUCAACAAACUCAAGCUACAGCUCAAGCUGCUGAGAAUACUGCCCAUCAAGCACAAGCCCAACUUAGUGCUUUAACGGCAGCCGUAACUGCUGCCCAAGCGGGCGCUCAGCAAGCGAGUCAAGCCGCCGGCGAAGCCGCACAAGCAGCAGCUGCUCAGCAUGCUAUGGUAGUGGAAGCUAAACAACGCAUUAGUCAGUUAUCGGCCCAACUUCAAAACUGUUUGGCCGAUUUACAUCAAACAGAAGCCGCAGCACAGAAAGCAGCUGCAGCUGCUCAUCUUGCACAAUCAAACGCUGCGGCAGCUGGUGCAGCUGCCGCUGGACAUGGUGGUAAAGGAGGAUAUGGAGGAUUUGGUUCCGAUUAUCAUCAUUAG